AUGUGGGUGGAUGUCUUACGACCUUAUGUGGCCCAAACUCCUGACAAUUCAACCGCCGUACUUUUUGUUGCAUUGCAUCUCUUCGUGCAUUUCGUUCACGGAUACUCCUUGAGAUGUUAUUCUUGUUCGAUCGACUUUCAUAAACAACAGUAUUAUGAAGACACGAGAGAUGGACAAUGUGCAGAUAAAGCGUUUUUGCUGCGCGAUGAAGAUGACACGGUGAAAAGCUGUGCUCCAUGGGAAACAUAUUGCGUGACAUCCGUGGUUGCUGUUCACAGUAGCCUCGCGACGGUAUCACGUGGAUGCACUGAGUAUUGUUCAGAAGAGUGUAGAGCUAGUGGCUACGUUGCGGAUCAGAUAUGUUUGUAA